UGAAAGUGCUCCAGACUCCCGCGCGCCCCGCGGCUGAGCGGACGGAGCCAGCUCAGCCGGAAGAAGGGACCGUCUCGCGGCUCCGCCGAACACCCCCAGUUUAAGCAACACCAUGGGAAUCCACGGCCUGCUCCAGUUUAUCAAGGAGGCAGCUGAACCUACUCAUGUGAAGAAAUACAAAGGGCAAGUGGUAGCUGUGGAUACCUACUGCUGGCUGCACAAAGGAGCCUAUGCUUGUGCUGAAAAACUAGCCAAAGGAGAACCCACUGACCAAUAUGUAGUCUUCUGCAUGAAACUUGUUGAUAUGCUCUUGUCAUUUGGGAUCAAGCCAAUUCUAGUAUUUGAUGGAUGUACCCUGCCUUCUAAAAAGGAAGUGGAAAAAGCUCGAAGAGAGAAACGACAGGCUAAUCUUCUGAAGGGGAAACAAUUACUUCGUGAGGGGAAAUUAUCAGAAGCCAGAGAUUGUUUUGGGCGCAGUGUUAAUGUUACCCAUGGUAUGGCUCAUGAAGUUAUCAAAGCUGCCCAUGCCCAAGGAGUUGAUUGUGUUGUUGCUCCAUAUGAAGCUGAUGCUCAGUUGGCCUAUCUUAAUAAGACUGGCAUAGUACAAGCUAUAAUUACAGAGGACUCAGAUCUUCUGGCUUUUGGGUGUAAAAAGGUGUUUCUGAAAAUUGACAAGUUUGGAAAUGGACUAGAGAUCGAUCAGGCUCGACUAGGAAAGUGUAAACAGCUUGGGGAUGUAUUUACUGAAGAGAAAUUCCGUUACAUGUGCAUUCUUUCUGGUUGUGACUACCUUCCAUCACUUCAUGGAAUUGGGUUAGCUAAGGCAUGCAAGCUAUUAAAACUAGCUAGUAAUCCUGAUAUUAUUAAGGUUAUUAAGAAAAUUGGGCAGUAUCUGAAGAUGAAUAUAACUGUAUCGGAAGAGUACAUAGAGGGAUUUAUUCGAGCCAAUAAUACUUUCCUUUAUCAAUUGGUUUUUGACCCAAUCAAGAGGAAGCUUGUUCCUCUGAAUGCUUAUGAUGACAACGUUGAUCCAGAAACACUACUUUAUGCAGGGCGACAUAUUGAUGAUGAUACUGCUUUACAAAUUGCUCUUGGCAAUAAAGAUAUCGAUACAAUGGAACAAAUUGAUAACUACAACCCUGAGGCUUCGCAGCCUUCACGGCCAAGAAGUCGUGGCUGGAAUGAUAGAGCUGCUAGUCAGAAGCCAUACUGUGUAAACAGCAUUUGGAGCAGAGACUACAAGCCUGGUCAUAACACAGACAUUACCACAUGUAUCACGCGUAUGCUAGAGAAAUCAACUACCAAAGGCAUUGAGAAGAUAAUUAAUAUCAAAGGCCUGAAACUUCCAAGCAAGGAACUACUAGUCAAAAGAUCAAGAAGUGAAGAGUUGUCAGAUGGAGAUCUGUUGAGUCAAUAUUCGUUUUCAAAAGCGAAAAAGCCCAAGAAAGAAAACAGUGGAGAUGGUGAACCACAGAAGAGCGUCUCUGCAGUGUCAUCGAUUCAUGCUUCAGGGGACUCUCUCAAUAAAGAGAGCUCAAACACCCAACCUAAAGUCAGGAACAAAUUUGCUUCCUUUCUGCAGAGAAAAAAUGAAGAGAGCGGUGCUAUUGUUGUUCCAGGGACUAGAAGCAGGUUCUUCUGCCAUGCCACAAAUAUGAUUGAUUGUACAACAAAGAAUGAAACUGCCCAACCAUCACAGGAUGUUGAGUUGGAUUGUCAGGCCCAGGAAACUAAAAAUAUAACAGAAGAUCCUGUUCCUCAGUGUUUGGAGACUGGGAAAUUUACAAGAACUAUCUCAUCAUCCCCUGUGGAAACACAAAGAAGUUGUUUCAGUUGGUCUGGAAGCCUUGGAGAGAGUCCUGGCACACCCAGCCCAUCUCCUGGUGUGCUGCGGUUACAGCAGUUUCACCGACAGAGAAACAAUCAAAUGGCGUCGCAGGAUUGUGAGAUAUCUAGAUUACAUACUGUCAGCAAUGCAGCAGGUGAUGAGUCAGAUGAAGAAUCCUCCCCCUUACUGGAAAUGGAGUAUUCUUCGCAGUCUCAAGGGUCUAGUGAACUAUCAGAAAGCAGCUUGGACGUCUCAAGAAUAUCGCAGGUGUCUAACAAAGACUCAGAUGCAGAAGAAUCUGACUGCAGACUAAAGCAAGGUGACGAUCCAAGUUCUCGGAGCUCUCCCCUAUUUUCCACUGUAUGUACUGAAAGAAAAAACACACUGCUAAGGAGCAAGGUUCCUGGUUUGCAUAGAUCCAAUUUUGUAAGGUCACAUAUGACAAAACUCAAGCCACUGAUGCCAGCUAAAGUCAGUGGGUUAAGCAAGAAACUACUAAGUGCACAGAAGAAAAAUCAUCACAAUGCUGAAAAUAAUCCAGGACUGCAGGUCACAAUCAGUGAUCUCUGGAAAAACUUCCAAUUUAGAAGAGACUCUGAAAAGCUCCCGUCUUGUAAAAAGUCAUCAGACCCAUUGUCUCCAAUCAAAGAUAAUAUCCAGCUCACUCCAGAAACAGAAGAGGAAAUCUUCAAUCAACUUGAGUAUAGUCAUGUUCAGAGAGCAAUAUUCCAAUGAACUGAUGUCAUUUGCUUAGGCAGCUCUCUGUUGCAUAGUGGGAUACAUUUUAAUCAUUGCACAUAGAUUGUUGGGAGACAGAGUAAAAUUAAUUGUUUCUGGAUAUCGUAUACUAAUAUGAAAAGACUAUAUUUUGGAUGUGAGCUGUAUAUUUGUCUGAAUAUAGAUUUUUUUUUUGUCAUCUUUUAUAUAAAGUGAAAUGAAAGGUACAGUUUUAUACUGACUAGAAUAAAACCUUUUCAA